ACUGUGAUUGGUGGAAUGACGGACACAGCAAGACUUAAGAUGCAAGUUCGAUUAAGGGUAGAAUCGUAUUUCCGUGCUACCUCGAUCGCUUCUUUAUUAGGCCAUCUUAGCAAUAUUCUUCCUCAGCGCCAUAUUACGCGUUGCUCUGAAGCUCGAUUUUUCUUGCUGUCUUCAUCCCUUUCAAUACACCUCUGUGCAGCUCUCAGAGGAACUUCUAAGUUACGAGCAGAAAUGGGGCUCACCUUCGCAAAGCUCUUCAGUCGGCUGUUUGCUAAAAAGGAGAUGAGAAUUCUGAUGGUUGGACUUGAUGCUGCUGGUAAGACGACCAUUCUCUAUAAACUCAAGCUUGGAGAGAUCGUCACAACUAUUCCUACCAUCGGGUUUAACGUGGAGACUGUGGAAUAUAAGAACAUCAGCUUCACUGUCUGGGAUGUCGGUGGUCAGGACAAAAUUCGUCCAUUGUGGAGGCACUAUUUCCAGAACACUCAAGGUCUUAUAUUUGUGGUGGACAGUAACGAUAGAGACCGUGUGGUUGAGGCGAGGGAUGAAUUGCAUAGAAUGCUGAAUGAGGAUGAGCUUCGAGAUGCAGUAUUACUGGUGUUUGCUAACAAACAAGAUCUUCCCAAUGCAAUGAAUGCCGCUGAGAUUACUGAUAAGCUUGGUCUUCACUCUCUUCGGCAGCGCCAUUGGUAUAUCCAGAGCACUUGUGCAACCUCCGGGGAAGGGCUUUAUGAGGGAUUAGAUUGGCUCUCAAACAACAUUGCUAACAAGGCAUAAAGCUGUUAAAAGAGUUGUCUUGUAGACUGGCAAUCCUGGAUGCAGGGGUGAAUGUUAUCUAUUUUUUCUUGUUUUUUGGGGAAUAGUUAUGCCUUUUCUUUAGGGAUUGAUCUUUCGCAGUAUAUGGGGUCAUAUUGUAAUGGUCGUUUGUGUACUCACCUGGGCUCAUGUGUGUUUAAUGAGAUGUAAUACAAACUUUAACCCCCUCACUUCCUCA